AUCACGGCGCGGUUCCCGUACACAGAUCCCAAACACUAAACAGGUGGUCAUACACCGCCACACAGCGCCCGCCGCGAUGAAACGAAACGGGUACCGAUCGUAACGUACACCGAGCCGUCAAGGUGCUGAACCAAAGAUUAUUAAUGAUCUGGACACCAGAACACGGGAGCCUUUGAUCCCGAGUUUCCCUUGGAUUCGGGAAGGUCUAAGGAGAGUUGGAACUAUGAAAGUGACGGUGUGUUUUGGGAGAACUCGGGUCGUGGUUCCGUGCGGAGAUGGCAACAUUAAAGUGCACUCGCUCGUCCAGCAGGCCGCGAUGCGGUACAGGAGAGCGAUCGCUAAGGGGGAAGAGUACUGGGUUCAGGUGUACCGGCUGGAACAUGGCGAUGGAGGAAUUCUUGACCUGGAUGAUGUUCUGUGUGAUGUGGCCGAUGACAAAGACAGAUUGGUGGCAGUGUUUGACGAACAAGAGCCUCAUGUCGGAGGUGACGGCACCAGCGCGAGUUCAACAGGCACACAAUCGCCGGAGCUCUUCUCUGGAGAGCCGUCCACCUCCACCCCACUGUCUGCCUUUCAGCCGUAUCUGCCCCACAGCGAGAUAGAGGUCACCACGUCCACGCUUCGAACCAACAUGCCUUUGCAUGUUCGCCGCAGUAGCGAUCCGGCUUUGUUGAACCUGACAGCGAUGUCCUUCUCAGAGCCUGGCUCACAACCCGAAGAACCUUCCAGAAAAAAUCCCACACGCUGGUCCACAACCGCCGGCUUCCUGAAACCACGUUUAUCUACAGGAACCAACAGUCUGGAGAGAAAGGGCCGAGGUGUCGACACAUAUCGUAGUCUUCCUCGUGAUGCAGGGCAGUGGUCAAAUCAGAAAGAGUUUCAGCGUGAGAAGGCCCGUUCUUCACUCAGCGCCAAUCAUCCCAUGGUGGACCGCUGGCUGGAGAGACAAGAACAGGAUGAGGAGGAAAAUGGUAGGAUCGAGCCAGUGGGACGUGCGGAUACAUGUUUAGAGCACAUGGGAGUGAGAUCGCUGGAUGAUAUAGUGAAAUUGGUGGAAGUGUCUAAUGACGGAGGACCACUCGGUAUCCAUGUCGUGCCUUUCAGUGGACGAGACCGCAGGACGUUGGGUCUGCUGGUGAAACGUUUGGAGCGCGGAGGGAAGGCUGAUAUCCAGGGUUUGUUUCAGGAGAAUGACUGCAUCGUUCGGAUCAAUAAUGGAGACCUGCGGAAUGUCCGAUUCGAGCAAGCUCAGAACAUGUUUCGUCAAGCAAUGCGUUCUCCCGUCAUCCUAUUCCAUGUGGUACCAUCCACCAUGAGAUCCCACUACGAGCAGAUAUCCCAUAAUGAACACAACCCUAGAGCGAACAUUGACCUUUCUGGACGUUUCAGCCCUGACUCUCUCACCAGUGACUCAGUCGGCCUGGAUCACGCCGCUCACCGAUUGGCACAGCACAGGCCACACCCACCAAAUAACCAUUCAGAUUCCAGCUCUCCCAUCCAUCAUCCUGUUGGCUCAUCAGGGAAGCCUCCAUCAGGACACGCUUCCUCUCCCCAAAGAGGAUUAAGCCCCGCCCCCACAUCCGGCUUCACCAAGAAAGUUGGGCGGAGACUUGGAAUCCAGCUUAGAAAAGGGCCUGAAGGUCUCGGGUUCAGCAUCACGUCAAGAGAUGUCCCUCUUGGAGGCUCCGCCCCUAUUUACGUGAAGAACAUUCUGCCAAGAGGAGCUGCCAUACAAGACGGAAGACUGAAAGCAGGGGAUAGAUUACUAGAGGUCAAUGGGGUGGAUCUCAAUGGGCGUGGUCAGGAAGAGGUGGUAUCUCUGCUGAGGGCGACGCCCAUGGGUGGGACCGUGAGCCUUCUGGUACUGAGACAGGAAGAGACCUUUCUACCCAGAGAGAUGAGCACAGAACCAGCAAUGCAGAACACAAGAGAAUGGAAGGUAGAAGACGAGGAGUUGGUCUUAACCCCAGAUGGGACACGUGAGUUCCUGACGUUGGAAGUACCUCUUAGUGAUUCUGGCUCGGCGGGUUUAGGAGUCAGCGUCAAGGGUAACAGGUCAAAGGAGAGCCACGCUGACUUGGGCAUCUUCGUCAAGUCUAUUAUCAAUGGAGGAGCAGCAUGCAAGGACGGAAGGCUGCGAGUCAACGAUCAGCUAAUCGCAGUCAAUGGGGAGUCGUUGUUAGGGAAGACAAAUCAGGACGCCAUGGAAACGCUGCGCAAGUCCAUGUCAACGGAGGGCAACAAGAGAGGGAUGAUUCAGCUAAUUGUUGCAAGACGAAUCAACAAACGCCUUGAGGGUGAGAGCCGAUCCAGUCCCCGAGGGUUAGAGCGAACCCUAAGCCCGUCUCCUGACGACCACGAGCGACGGAUCUCACACUCGCUAUAUGGAAUCGAAGGGCUUGAUGACAACCUGAGGCCACAAGCCAACACAAAUAAUCGUAAAAUGAAUCAUUAUCAGCUCUCGCCAACGGUCAACAUGCCUCAGGAUGACACGGUCAUAAUUGAAGACGACAGGCCACGUGUUCUCCCCGCCCAGCUGUCUGACCAGUCGUCAUCCAGUUCUCACGAUGACAUGGGUUUCGCUGUGGAGACACCUCCACCGCCACCCUGGGACCAAGAGCUUCCUGACAGCACUGCCAAUGCUAAUGGUGAGGGGGUGUUUCAGAGGGAAGGUUUUGGCAGGCAAAGCAUGUCUGAGAAACGCACCAAGCAGUAUGGAGAUGCAAGCCAACUUGACAUCAUCAAGACCCGCAAGUCCAAGAGCAUGGACCUAGUGGCUGAUGAGAUUAACCUCACACACUACACAGAAAACAGAAAAGGCUCCUCCUCACAUGAUGUUGGCCCGUCUCUCGGCCUGAAGAAGUCCAGCUCUCUGGAAAGUUUACAGACUGCCGUCGCUGAGGUGACUCUCAACGGCGACAUGCCUUUUCACCGGCCGCGGCCACGCAUCAUAAGGGGGCGGGGCUGCAACGAGAGCUUCCGGGCCGCAAUUGACAAAUCGUACGACAGGCCAACAGCCAAUGAGGAUGAAGAGGAGUGCAUGGACACAUUGGAGGAGGACACUGAAGGAAGCUCUCGAUCAGGGCGGGAUUCGGUUUCCACGGUAGCUGAUCUCACUCCGCUUCCCGUCACCGAGCAACAGCUGAUCAAUGGCAACCAGCCCCAAAACGACAAGAAGAAAGAAAAAGGGGGGAAGGACAAAAAGAAGCCGGAGAAGGAAAAGGGUAAAACAAAGAAAGGAAUGCUCAAGGGUCUUGGAGAGAUGUUCAGGUUCGGGAAGUACCGUAAGGACGAGCGUAUGGAUGGUCCAAAGUGGAAGUCAGAGGAAACUCAUGCAUCGGAGGAAGAGACGCGCAGAAUGAGACAAGAACAAGAGAGGAUCCAGGCUAAAACGCGAGAGAUUCGUCAGCGUCAGGCCAGAGAGCGAGACUAUGCUGAGAUCCAAGACUUCAGCCGGUCCACCCUGACCUCACUUCCUCCCGAGGAGCCUCCAUACGCCGGCAUCGGCUCUUUGGAACACGGCGGGUACCAUCGGAUCCACACGCCUCCGGACUCACCGUACACACAUAAACAGAACGCCCGUAACGGACACCCCUCUACGUCAGACAGGCUGACGCCCAGCAACCACGACCGAAUCCAGCGCCUACGCCAGGAGUUCCAGCAGGUCAGACAGGAAGAGGCGGAGCCAGAUGAUCGCCACAGAGCCUACAGCAUGGAGCAGCCCUGGUCCAACUGCAGCUCGCAGACAUCAUCUGGCCGUCAUUCAGUGUCUGUGGAGGUGCAGUUACAGAGGCAGGAAGCCAGAGAUGCUUUCACACACGCUCAGAGACAGUACAGCUCUCUGCCACGCCACCCUCGUAAGACGCCUGCCCCGGCCUCAGAGAGCGAGUGGGAGAGGACGUGUCCACCCGGAGACGGUUUUCAGGCAGCUAAAGACAGCGGCCGUUACUCCAGCUACCAGGGACCCCGUUCCGUCCCGCGCACCGUUCCUCGUACUGGCUGCAGGAAUGGCCUCUCCGCUCAGCCCAGCAGUUCCUCAGUGGGUGGCGGCUACAAUGCACGUGUCCUCCUGGAGGCCCAGGAGCUCCUGCGACAGGAACAGAGACGCAGGGAACAAGAAAUGAAAGGAAGAGCCCCGUCAAUGCGGUUAGACUACGAAUCCCAGGAUUCCAAAGGGCCCCACAGACAGGACGUCCCACCUUCCCCUUCCCAGGUUGUCCGGCUCAGCCGCAUACACACACCUGAGAAAACACGCCCGUUUUUGUCAUGAGGAAAAAGGAAGACCUUGUUUUUCAAAGAGACAUACAUUUAUGUGACUCCCCGAGUGCCUUUUCUUUAUGAGGUCACAGUGGUCCCGCCCAAUCUGACAGCUGAUUGGUGCGUCCAGAGGCAAGAAGACUCUUGAUUCGCUGUGAGGACCUUCACGCUCUGACAAUCAGCCUGACACACCUGUUCCUCUGUAGAACGUAUGUAGAACUUGAUCAAAAUGAGCAGUUUUCCUGCUUUGCACAGGUUUUGAUGAAGUUUUGAUGAAGUUUUGAUGAAGUUUUGUGAAGUAGAGCUUUUUUUUUUACUAAGAUUUAUCAGAUGAAUUCGUACUCAUCAGGUGAAAGUGGUCAGUUAAACUUACAUUUGAUGUCGCUAGUAGGGAAAAAAAGUGGAACUUGAGUACAAGUGGCCCAGCAAACCUAGCGAUGCCACUGGAUGUAGUCACAUAUUUAAAGAACUCGACAAAUCUAGGUACAAAACACACAGUGAGAGUGACAGACUCCUGGGAUUCCAGCAAAAAGAGAAAAUCCCAAAAAUGCAUUGGAAAAGAAGAGAGAAGGAAAAUGGGGUCACAGAUAGCAGGUCAUUAAUUGAUGCUCCUCAUUAAAUUUUCAGAGCUCUUUCACACACAGACACAGAACCCACGACCCACUGCUGCCUGCCAGGUGUGUGUGUGUGUGUGAGAGUUCCUGGCUCCCAGAUGACCCACACUGAAUUUUUCAUCACACACACCAGCUGCCCCUGUAUUGACAGGCCACCACUGUGUGAAAGUUCAGACAAAAAGAUUGUCUUCCACUCUCCCUAAAACAUGCAUAAAUGCACACACACAGAGAGGCUGUGUUUGGAAUACCAUACUAGCACUACAUCUAUAUAUAAAAUAUGUAAAACUAUAUCAAAUAUGUAUGGAUUGAUUUUUAUAUAUAUGCUUUUUUUUCCCCAUGUGUGAUUAUACAGAUGUAGGGUAAGUGCAGGCUUAAUAUAUGUAACAUGAGCAAAAGAGAGAGCUUAAAAUAGUUACGAAAAGUUUAGACUUUCUGAAACUAAAUUUCAGUAUUAUUAUUUGUAGUUUAAUAUUAAUAUUAAAAAUAAUUAGAUAUAUUUAUUUAUAUAUUAAUUAUUUGCAAUUAUUUUAAACUUUAUAUAUAUAUAUAUAUAUAUAUAUAUAUAUAUAUUAUAAACUUACAUGUACAUAUAAGUACAUUUAUUAUAAGUAUUUAGCAUUUAUUAUAAAUACAUUUUAUUUCUUUUUACUUUAUUAAACUCCAAAUACUAAUAUUGGCCCAAUUUUAAUAAACACUCAAUUUUUUGGUAAUUUCACAGUUUCUUAAAAAGAGUAAAAAAUACAACUUACAAUGUGUAUAAUUUAAUAUAUUUAAUUAUCUUUAAUUCAUUUUAAUCUAGUCCAAUUUUAAGAAACUUUCAAUUUUUUGUUAAUUUGACAGUUUUGUAAAAAUGCAAAAAAAUUACUAUUUUUUUUUCCAGAUGUUCACAUUCUCAAUGUAUGUGCAUAAUUAAAUAUAUUUAAUGAUCUUCAAUUAAUAUUAAACUACAAGUAAUAAUAGUCUGAUUUUAGGAAACUUUUAAUUUUGGGGAAUUUCUUUAAACAAGAGUAAAAAUGCAAAUUUUCCCCCUAGAUAAUGACACUUUCUAUAUGUGUAUAAUGCAAUUUUUUUUUUUUUUUUAGAUGAUGACAUAUUUAAUAAUCUUUUAUUAAUAUUAAACUACAAUAAUAGGCCAAUUUUAAGAAACUCUCAAUUUUUUCAUAAUGUCACAGUUUUUUUACAACAUUAAAAAUGCAAAGUAGUUUUUUUUUUUUUUUUUUUUUUUUUUUUUUUUUUUUUUUUUCAUUUCAUAUGAUGACAUUCUCUGUGUAUGUGUAUAAUUAUAUAAUUUUUAUAUUUUUUUCUGGGUGAUGAAUCUCUGAAAUAUAUGUAUAGAGAGAGAGUGAGAGAGAGAGGAUUGAAUAGUAUGCAUGGUAGAAUUCCGUUUCAAACAGAGCCACUCACCGUUCUUUAAAUAGAUGGAUACAUUGAGGGAUUUUAUUGAUCAUUUACGUACGAAGUCUUUAGCUACUCAUAUUCUCUUAUAGCCCCGCCUCUUUGCUCUCAGCUCCGCCCCUAACAGCUGCCAAGAUGGAGAAUCUCCACGACACUAAUGCGUUUUGAGAUCUCAAACUAGAACUUUAAGUCUCUGUAAGUUCUGGGCUUUGAAUCAAGAGCUCCCGUUGAGCUGAGACACUCGGCGACUGGAGUGUAAGAGGCUAGGUCAACGCUCUGUGUGUGUGCAUGCGUGUACGUGCGCGGGGGCAGUGCCAUAUGAGCCAGCCGAUGCUCGUUUGACACAUAACAGUGGGACACAUGGUGCGCAACACACUCUACUGCCCAGGCACAGAUGGUUGGGUGCGUUCGGUGUGUGCGUGUGUGAGAGAGGAUAUCAAGAUGAUAACAUGAAAAGAGCUUCAGUACGACACGACUAAACAAUCAAGACAUUUCGGUUUUUAUUGUCUUCUUUGUUCCUCCGUAUCUAUUAUGGAAAUUAGCUUGUGAUCUUGCUCCGCUCGUCCUGUUUUGUACAUUUGCCUCCUUUUUAACCUUUUCAAAUGAACAAAACCUCUUUUGCACCUUUUUAAAUGUCAGAUUUCUAGAUUGUAACAAUUUUAAUGAAGAAGCAUUAAAUAUGUGCCGCCUUUGACACAGAUUCUGUUAUUUAUGUGUGUAUCCUAGCAACCGUCUCCAUAUGCUGUUCUAAAAGGUCAGAGGUCACGAGCGGGCAGUGAUACGGACUCCAAUGGACUUAUGGUUUCCAAUGGACUCAUGUCAGAUUUUCUUUAUUUUUUUGUGUUAGUUUGUUUACAGGUCUCUGUACAGGGUUUUUCGCUUUUCGUUUCUGCUUUUGUGUCUGUUAUUUUGUGUUGUUUAUACGCUGUUCAGAAAUCGGUGAUGUUUAGAAACACAGCAGCUGUUUGGUCUGUACAAAUCUCUUGUAAAAUAAAGGAAGGGGAUGCUCUUCUAUUUGCCGUA